AUGGCAUCUGGCGCCAAAGCUGGGCUACAGACAGGUGCACAGGUUGCUGAACAGAUACGGGCAAAGGAACAGAGAGAGAGAGAGAUGCUCCAGAGAUGGUCUGCAGAGGGAAUGGGGAAAGAUGCUGAGACAGUGUAUAGAGAUACCGGCGGUGCCAGAGUGGAUAUGGGGGCCAGACUCACUGAGAGAAAGAGGAAAAGAGAUGAAGAGAGAGCCGAGGCGGAGAGAAGAAAGAAGGAGAUGAAUAUGGGGUUAGUUCAAAAGUUGGAUAUGGAAGAAAAGAAGAGGAAAUUGGACAAGGCGGCUAGUUCAAGCUUAUCGACUUACGCAGACGAUAGUGAACUCAACGCACAACAGAGGACAAGAGAACUGGAAGAUGACCCUAUGCUCUCGUUCAAACCUGGAAAGUCCAAAAAGUAUGUAUCCAGAACAGGAAGAAAGCUAUACAGAGGUGCGUACCCAGAAAAUAGAUUCAAUAUUGCACCGGGGUAUAGAUGGGAUGGUGUGGAUAGGUCGAAUGGGUUCGAGAGGGCGUAUUUCAGAAAACAACAAGAAACACAGAGAGAUAAAACAUUGUCAUACACGAUGCAAGAGGACUGA